ACCCUUACUUUGCAAGCGCUGCCCUCCUGCUUUGUUCCCUUCUGCAUUUACAGGACAAUCUUAGCUGCGCAUAGGGCUACAUAAUCCCAGAGCAGUCAUGAGUAUAGUAAAGGGUUUUAGGUCAAAAUGCAGGCUGGUGUUGGGCACGCUUCUCAUUUGUGCUCUAAUCUUCGAAUUAGCGUAUUGCCAAGAAGCACAGAAGACCCUUUCAGGAAAAAAAGCCAAGACUAAAGUGAAAUCAACCACAACAAAACCCAAGGUCACAGCUCCACGUGCCAAGCCGCCUCUGUCCAUCCUCACUCAGGUGGUGAAAAAAGGGAAGUUUCAAAGGGUUGGGGAGACCAUCAGUGUGCAGUCUGGACACACUCUGGAGCUGAGGUGCAGGGGUAAGCCUGUGCAGUGGACCGUGCCGCUAUAUUUGGAGGAGGAUCAUGAGGGGAGGCUCAAAAUUGUCCAGCAUGACAAGUAUGGAGUCCUGACAGUGGUCAACACUACUGGGGCAGACACUGGGGAGUUCACGUGUUUUCCAAUGUUCUGUGAAGACACUGACUGCAGAAGGGAAUACAGCAAAGCAGCUAAAGUCUUCGUCUUCUUCCCAGAUCCUCAGGAGCUUUUUGUGCCCUCCUCUGAAUACCAGGAAAUAGUGCAGCUCAGGACCAACUGGCCCACAGUGCUACCCUGUCAGGUGACCUCACCCGAGGCAAAGGUGACCCUCCAUCGAGAGUACCCCCCAUCAGAAGUGCCAGUCGACGGCUCCGAGAUCUCGUUUGAUGUUAAAAAAGGUUUCACAAUUCAUCGACCCAGGCCUUAUCAUGCGGGAGAAUUGUAUUGUGUGGCCAGUCUGGGAAACCUGAGGCAGAGCUCCAUCAGAUAUAUGCUCAUCUAUGUCAGCUACCCAAGAGCCCCACCAGCUCCUGAGAUCCAGGCCUCAUCCAGCUCCAUGACUGUAGGCGACAACCUAAGGGUCAUCUGCACUGUGAUGAGAGAGCGGGAUGUGGACACUGACAUCACAUGGGAAUACCCGGGGCAGCAGAUUGGUAGACCUCUGUACACUGAGGACAGCGUCAGUCCAUCAGCGGGGGAAAACACAGAGAAGUUCCAGUCUAUCCUCUUGGUGGAUGAAGUGAGAGAUGUGGACCAAGGAACAUACAUCUGCACUGCACAAAACCUGCAAGGAUCCAAGUCUGUGUCAACAAGCGUUAAAGUCCUCCCCAAAGCUACACCCAAACCCAAAGCAAAGAAACCAAAAGAAAAAAGGCUGCACGUGCACUGAAGUUGUGACUUUCUAUAUAAAAUGAUUGCACAUGUAAUACUAGUUUUGUUUUUAAGUUAUUUCCAGUGACACGCCAUGAACCAAUCAACCAUGUUUAAACUCUCACCACAAUCAGAUCAAAAACAUGAUCAAAAGUCUCAAAACUAAUGUUGGAACCA